AACCUUACUCGUACCAAGAACAAAUUCUCAAACUCUUGACUUGUGUGCUGUGAAGAAUAAAUAUCUAAGGGGAUAGCAUCAUUGUUUUAUAGUAAAUCGAUCAAUCUUAGGCUAAAAGAGCAAUUAGCUUAAUUACACCUCUGAAAAUGGAAUAAUUUUGUAUAAAAGUGCGAAGCUAUUGAAAAUCUAUCACGCUUGAAAUAUCCGGAACAUGUGUUAGUGUUCAUAUCUUAUCAGUUGUAAUAUUUCACUUUGGUUAUAGAAAAAGCGGUCAUUAUUCAGUAUGAGAGAAUCAUACAACCUUCAAAGCGAAGAGCCCGGCGAAAGAAACUCCGACAAAGGCGAAAAGGUCGACUGGUGGUGGGGAAUCCUCCUUGUGUUAAUCAUUGCCGUUCUAAUAGCUCUAGUCAUCGUUGGUUUCUUCGAUUUGACCGGGACAUCAAAUUUCGAUUCAGACACCGAAUAUUUCAGAAGAUUACGAGGAGGAAGCCCCAAAUUGCCUAAUCCCAUUCCUCCUUUCAAAGUGGAAAGCGUACGGGAAGUUAUUGAAACCAUUUCCAAAGGAAAUGGACUAUACAACAUUGAAUACGAUAUUCAAAAUCGAUCGGUUCUGCUCUGGGAUUCGAACUUAUCUGAUAAUUGUAAUGGCAUUCAACAUAUGGCUAUAAGGGUAAGCGCGAAGAAUGUAACGAGCAAUCGUACUAUCCUUGUAAGUGGCUCUUUCGAUGAAAGUGAAGAUGGGGCAAAAGAAAACGGUGUCGCCCAUGCUAUAAUACAGUCUCUGAUUGCCAUAACCAGAGAAUCAAUAGCAUUACGCCAUCCUGUGGUGCUUUUAUUAAAUAGAAACUUAGCCAACUACACUCAGAGCGUAGAAGGAUUCAUGGGUCAAAAACACUGGGCCAGGAAUAUAUCAGUAUUUAUUAAUAUCAAUUCUAUCCCAGGCGGGAGGGGGAAUGUUAUCCACACUAGAGCAGAUGCUACGUGGCUGUUAAAAGUAUAUUAUGGAUCAUUCCGCCACUCGCAUUUAUGCUUGAUUUGCGAUGAAAUCUCAAAGUCAAAUUUCAUGCAAAUCGAGUCGAAUUCUAGACAUUAUAGUAUACCUAGAAACCUUAAAGUUUGGUAUUUUGUAGGUUUGGACCUAACGUACGCUUACGGUGACAAUUCAAUAGCUCUAUCAAGAGAAAGUGAAGUACAAAACUAUAUGGAUGAUAAUAUUUUAUCACUCAUUCGGAAUGUUGAUAGUGCGACCGAAAUGGACGAAAACUAUGAUUCACGAAAUGUUGUGGAGUCAAUAUUUUUCGAUUUCUUUGGUGUUUUCAUGGUAAUAUACAGCGAAACGGAUGGAAUUAUAAUAAACGUGGUCGUCAGCUUUGCUGCCCUCGCCACAAUGGUCACCUCCAUGUGGUUAAUGCAACAAUGGGCCGUUGUUGCUGCUUCUGUAAUUUGGUUUCAGCUUGUAAAGUCAUUCGCCAUUCAACUUACAUCACUCAUAGUCGGGGGUGGAUUUGCGAUUUUCAUGGCUUAUCUGUAUGACUCCUACAAAACCUUAUUGACUUGGGCACCGAAGCAUUGGAUGGUGUUUGCGAUCUACUUUUGCCCUUUCCUCUUCAUAAUGUGUAUUUUCCCUUCGUUGUACUUGAACUGGAAGAAAUACAGAGCCAUACCACUUCGAUUUGGGGUAAUGCUCUUCCUUCACGUCAAUUGCAUCCUGUUCAUCAUAGCCAUUUUGACCCUAACAGGAUUAUCAGUGAAGACAGCAUUUGUGAUUGUUUCGGGCAUUGCAUUUUACACAGUUUCAUUAAUGGUUGUUCUGGCAUUUAAACUUUAUAAAAAAGUAUAUUUAUGGAUAUUCCCCAUUUUCGUUGGGCAAAUUCUCCCGAUCGCUUUUGUUACGUACCUGAUGCUAAUAUUUUACUCGGUUUACAUCCCUGUUUCAAGCAUUCCAGGGGCAGCAAGAAGGGUUCAAUUUCUUCUUGCGCUCUCAGCUAUAGGAUUUUCAAUGCUAAUGUUCGGAUUCUUGAUACCAAUACUGGCAAUUUUCCGCAAAUCGAAAACAAUGCUGACAGGUUUUGUAAUCAUUACGCUUAUAUUCUUGAUCCUGAUAUUUACCAAUGUGUUUGCGGCAUAAUAAUCCGAAUCUCUUAUAAGCAGGGAGAAUUUUCAGGAAUCUCACAAGGUGUAAUCUAGUAAACAUGGUUCGGGCUCAAUGAAGUCUUCACAGGAAGUCACAGGAGUGGUUACAAACCCAAAUCUGACUAUGCCGCAGCUGUAAAAGGAAUGCACCUUUUGAAGUAAUAUAAUGGGUAUUCUUUAGAAAGUGACUAUAAACUCAUGGCGAAAAUAACGAAAAUGCAU